GGACCACCGAGACGAUCUCCCCGACCGGGAGUGCACGAAGGACGGAGAGAGAGAGAAAGAAGAAAAAGGAGUCUGCUUCAUUGCUCCUUUUGGAUCUUUACAUUAGAAACAUCAGCAAAAGAGGAAAUCAAACCAUUUUUUCACGAGGUUUGAGUGGUGGUCUGGCAGUCAUGAGACUGAAUGCGUCCGAGCUGCCGUGGGAGGAGUCUUCGGGCGCAGACGCCUUACUGGCAUUGGACCACCAAGGGAGCAAUGCGCCUGUUCAGGAAACCACGGCCCUGACGGCGUGGGGCGUGGCCCUGUGCGUUUCGGGAACCGUCAUCACUGUCGAGAACGCCCUGGUGGUCACAACCAUCCUGGCCACGCCGGCUCUGCGUGCGCCCGUCUUCCUGCUCCUGGCCAGCCUGGGGUUGGCCGACCUCCUGGCGGGCGUGGCUCUGGUGACCCACUUCCUGUUCCUGUUCUGCCUGGCGCCCAGCGAUUGGUCCGAGCUGGUGACGUCGGGGCUUCUGGUGACUUCGUUGACCGCCUCGCUGUGCAGUCUGAUGGGCGUGGCGCUGGACCGCUACUUCUCGCUGAGCCACGCCCUCACUUACGGCUCAGGACAAUCUCGCCGGCGUGCCGCCCUGCUGCUGCUCCUGGUGUGGGCGGGCGCCUGCGUCAUGGGCGCGGGCCCCGCCAUGGGGUGGAACUGCCUGGACGAGCCAGCUUCGUGCUCGGUUGCGCCUCCCCUCACUAGGACGUACCUGUCGCUGCUGUGCGGCGGCUUCCUGGUAGUGGUCGUGGUCACCCUUCAGCUGUACGCCGGCAUCUGCCGGGUGGCGCGGCGCCAUGCCCACGCCAUCGCCACUCAGAGGCACUUCCUGCCUUCCAGCCAGUCGUUUGCCAACAAGCACGGCGGGGGGCGGGGGUUUUCCCGGUUGGUGCUGGUUCUAGGAGUUUUCGUGGGCUGUUGGAUGCCUUUCUCAUUGUGGGGGUUGCUGGGCGACGCGUCCAGUCCGCCGCUGUACACCUACGCCACACUGGUGCCCGCCACCUUUAGCUCACUCCUGAACCCGCUACUCUACAGCCUGAGGAACAAAGACAUACGCAAGGUUCUGCUGGAUGUCUGCUGCCCACGCAGGCAAACUGCCCAAAUGCACUGCCCCGUGGAUGUGUAA